AUGACUAACGGAGUUGGUCCCAUUGUCACCUCCAUCGAGAAGGUCCCAGUCACUGAACUGCGAAAGCCUUUUCUUCAACCCGAUGAUGAAAGACUACCACAAAUAGGAACCGCGCGUGCAAACAUUGCCGCGACUUACGAGAAGCCGCAAGGAACUACGGAAGAUGGAUGGGCAUCGCGCCAUAAGGACCAGACUGUUCUCCAGCAACAUUGCGAGUUCUUCGACUCUGAUAAGGAUGGCGUAAUUUGGCCUCAAGACACAUUAGUUGGAUUUCACAAGAUUGGCUUCGGUUAUAUCUUGUCUUUAGUUGCUGUCAUUAUCAUCCACGCCAACUUCUCUUACCCUACGGUUUCUGGGUGGCUACCCGACCCAUUCUUCCGGGUGUUCUUGAAGAACAUCCACAAGGAUAAACACGGUAGCGAUACAGGCACUUACGACGCAGAAGGUCGAUUCAUCCCUCAGAAGUUUGAGGACAUCUUCUCCAAGUACGGCGAGGGCCGUGACUACGUAACUGGCUGGGAUCUGGUUAAUCUCCAUAAGGGACAGCGGUGUAUCGCAGAUCCCGUUGGUUGGGGUGGCAACGUCUUUGAGUGGCUCGCGACGUAUUUGAUGCUGUGGCCGGAGGACGGGAAAAUAUAUAAAGAAGAUAUCAGAGCUAUUUACGACGGCAGCAUCUUUUACAAGAUGGCUGACCGACGCUCGGGAAAGGCAUCAAAGAGCUAA